AUGGGCGAAGCCAGCGGCACCGGCACCUUCCCUGCUCCUCGGCCCUCCUGCGCCCUCCUCCUCCGCCUCGUCCCGCGGCGGGGGGCACCCGCUCGCCUGCCCCCCGGCCCCCCGCCGCUGCCGCUCCUGGGCAACCUGCUGCAGAUCUCCCCCUCCCGCACCCUCCAGUCCCUGCUGAAGCUGAGCCGGACCUACGGCCCCGUCUUCACCGUCUACCUGGGGACGCGGCGCGUGGUGGUGCUGCGCGGGCACGCGGCGGUGCGGGAGGCGCUGGUGGAGAAGGCGGAGGCCUUCGCCGGGCGCGGGCGCAUGCCGACGGUGGAGGAGACCUUCCAGGGGCACGGGGUGGUCUUCUCCAACGGGGAGCGCUGGCGGCAGCUGCGCCGCUUCUCCCUGACGGUGCUGCGGGAUUUCGGGAUGGGCCGGAAAAGCAUCGAGGGUCGGAUCCAGGAGGAAGCCCAGAUCCUGCUGCAGGAGCUGCGCAGCACCCAAGAGGAGCCCUUCGACCCCACGUACCUGUUGAGUUGCGCCGUCUCCAACAUCAUCUGCUCCAUCGUCUUCGGGAAUCGCUUCGAUUACCGCGAUGAGGAAUUCCUGGAGCUCCUCCAAAUGAUGAACGAGAGUUUUCGGGAGAUCAGCACCCCUUGGUCGCAGUUUUAUGAGAUGGGUGAGACGUUCCUGAAGUACCUCCCGGGUCCCCACACCAAAAUCCCGCGGCUGCUGGGGAGGAUGAGGAGCUUCAUCGCCCGGCGGGUGCGGAGGAACGCCGAGACCCUGGAGCCCGAGCACCCGCGGGACUUCAUCGACUGCUUCCUGCUCCAGAUGGAGAAGGAGAAGGCCAACCCCUCCUCGGAGUUCAACCUGGAGAACCUGGAGCUCACCACCCUCAACCUCUUCUUCGCCGGCACCGAGACCGUCAGCUCCACCCUGCGAUACGGCUUCCUCAUGCUGAUGAAGCACCCAGCCGUGCAGGAGAAGGUCUACGAGGAGAUCGAGCGGGUGAUCGGCCGCGACCGUCCCCCCAACGUCGAGGACCGGAGCCGCAUGCCGUACACCGACGCCGUCAUCCACGAGAUCCAGCGUUGCAGCGACCUCAUCCCCAUGAACGUCCCCCACGUCGUCACCCGCGACACCCUCUUCCGCGGCUACCUCAUCCCCAAGGACACGGAGGUGUACCCCCUGCUCAGCUCCGUCCUGCACGACCCCACCGCCUACAAACACCCCGACACCUUCGACCCCGCAAACUUCCUGGACGAGAGCGGCCGCUUCAAGCGGAACGAGGCCUUCGUCCCCUUCUCCUCAGGGAAGCGGGUGUGCCUGGGAGAGGCCUUGGCGAGGAUGGAGCUCUUCCUCUUCCUCACCACCAUCCUGCAGAGCCUUCGCCUGCAACCGCUGGUGCCGCCGGCGCAAUUGCCCACCGCCCCACUGGAAAGCGGCUUCGCCAAUAUCCCCCCCAUCUACCGGCUUCGCAUGGUGGCCCGCUGAGCGCCCCACGGCACCGGGACCCCCCAUCCGGC